AUGAUAUCUGCUACUUGUUGGGUACCAAGGGGUUAUGCCUCUGAGUUUCCUGAGAAGUAUGAGCUAGACAACGAAGAGAUGGAAAGAAUCAACCAGAUGGCUAAUUUAAACCUCAAUGAUGCUACCGCUGAAAUGGAAGAGGUUGCAGAGGAGGAGGAAGAAGGAGCUCAAGAGGAAGCUUCGGAAGAAUCUCAACCUAAUCCUUCAAAACUUCAAGAUCAAUUGGAUGCAGACGACGAUUUGAAAGAGUUUGACAUGGAACACUACGAUGAUGAAGACAGUGGUGCAAAUGGGGCUGGUGUAGCCAUGUUCCCUGGCCUAGAAGGUGAAGAUGUUAGAUUCCAUGAAGGUGAAGAAGGUGAAGAUCCUUACAUUUCUUUGCCUAAUAAGGAGGAACAAACUGAAGAGAAACAAGAGUUGCAAGUUUACCCCACCGAUAAUAUGGUUUUAGCUACUAGAACUGAAGAUGACGUUUCAUAUUUGGAUGUUUACAUCUAUGACGAUGGUGCUGGAUUCCACGAUGUCGAAGUACCACAGGAGAAGGGUGAUGAGGCUGAUCCUGAUGUCGCUAGAGGGCUCGUGCGGGACAGCUCACUGUACGUGCAUCACGAUUUGAUGUUACCAGCAUUCCCACUCUGUGUUGAAUGGUUAAAUUACAGACCUGGAUCUCAAUCUGAUGACCCUGCCAAUUUUGCCGCCAUUGGAUCUUUCGACCCUCAAAUUGAAAUAUGGAAUUUGGAUUGUGUUGAAAAGGCGUUCCCAGAUAUGAUCCUAGGUGAACCCGAACAAGGUUCAGGAGCAUCUUUAAAGAACAAAAAGAACAAGAAGAAGCAAAAGAACCAACAUAUUACUACUCACCAUACCGAUGCAAUUUUGUCCUUAGCACUUAACAAGCACUUCCGUGCCGUUUUGGCAUCUACGUCCGCAGACCACACUGUCAAACUUUGGGAUUUGAACAACGGUACAGCGGCAAGAUCGUUGGCUUCCAUCCACAGUGGUAAGAAUGUUUCGUCAUCUGAAUGGCACAAGACCAAUGGAUCUGUGCUUUUAACUUCCGGUUACGAUUCUCGUGUUGCAUUAUCAGAUGUUAGAAUUUCAGAUGAAUCUCAGUUGUCCAAAUAUUGGUCAGUACUACCGGGCGAAGAAGUGGAAAGUUCCACAUUCGCUGAUGAAAAUAUAAUACUGAGUGGUACCGAUUCUGGUAAUGUUUACGCAUUUGAUAUUAGAAAUAAUUCAGGUUCCAAACCAGUCUGGACAUUGAAUGCUCAUGACGCUGGAAUAUCAUGUCUAUGUGCCAAUGAUUACAUCCCGGGUAUGAUGACUACCUCCGCUAUGGGUGAUAAAACGGUCAAGCUUUGGAAAUUCCCAUUGGAACAAGACAACACUGGUGGAUUGGGACCAAGCAUGGUUCUUUCUCGUGACUUCGACGUCGGUAAUGUUCUUUCAGUGUCAUUUGCCAACGAUGUUGAAGUGGCAGGAAACAUGGCAAUCGGUGGUGUUAAUACAGGUUUGAAACUUUAUGACGUCUUUUCCAACAGGACCGUUCGUAAGAGUUUUGGCCGCGAACUGUCAGCCGCUCAACAAACCGCUAAAGCUGAAGCACAACAGUUAGGUAAAAGCUCUAGAUUUGCCCGUAAAUAUCGUGGAAACAGUCAACCGGACACCGUUGUCACCGUUGAUGCCGAUAAUGAAGAAGAUGAGGAUGAUGCCGAUGAGGAUGAAGAAUAG